AUGCAGCUUGCGUGUACAGAGGCCAAAAAGCACUGCUGGUACUUUGAAGGAUUAUAUCCUACAUAUUAUAUAUGUCGUUCCUAUGAGGACUGCUGUGGUUCAAGAUGCUGUGUAAGAGCUCUCUCUAUCCAGCGACUAUGGUAUUUUUGGUUCCUUUUGAUGAUGGGAGUUUUGUUUUGUUGCGGAGCUGGUUUCUUUAUCCGAAGGCGGAUGUACCCUCCUCCACUAGUAGAAGAACCUACUUUUAACGUGUCUUACACCAGACAACCAGUCAACACUGCAUCAGGGUCACAACAACCUGGAGUGCCGUAUUACACAGAUCCAGGUGGACCUGUGAUGAAUCCCAUGGCUAUGGCUUUCCACGUCCAGCCCAACUCCCCACAAGGAAACCCGGUUUACCCACCCCCACCUUCCUACUGCAACACACCACCUCCCCCUUAUGAGCAGGUGGUGAAAUCCUCCACGUGAGGACUCUCUGGCUCUCUGACCUGACUGUGUGAGAAGGUGCCACUGCAAAAUGACCGAGAUGGAGGGCAUCUGCCCUUUUGAACACUUGCUAGUUCUCCAAGUCCUCUCUCCCUCCCUCCCCUGCACCUUUCCUCAUUAAAGUUACUUGCAAAGGGGUAAUUUUUAAAUUUUUUUUCUUUUUUUUUUUAGUAGAAGUGGAUUUUUUUCUUUGUCUUCAAAAUGAGAGAAGUUGUCUUUGUAAUGCUUUUAAUGGAAACCUAUAUUUAAAACCUAUAUGUCUUUCUCUUUAUUUAUUGUUUAUUUCAAUCAUGAGUUUAAUUGCAUUGUGGCAGGCUACUGAUAGCAGUUCUUUAUGCAGCCCCAGAGUGAUGUGCACUCACCUGAGACCCCAUAGCAGAAAUGCCCUCAUCCAAGGAAAAUGACAGGGAAAGAGGGUAGAAGUAGAAGAGGCAGGGCAAUGCUUUUCCCAGAAAUGGUGACCACCAUCUUUUUCAUUUACAAUUUUCUUGUACAGUUUGGUGCUGAUGCCCAACAGAAAGACACUGUGAUAGAAGUCGCUGUGACUGGAGCACCAGUGUUGGCCGAGUCACGGCAGGGGCUUUGCCAAGUGCCCAAGAAAAGAGGGAGUCAUUACUUUAAAUGAUGCUUUGAAAAAGUGAAGGACCGGGACUUGAAUGUUUCUUGGCCAGCACCUGGACUCUGCCUGUGUGAUUGGCAUCCUGGCUCCCCUUGCUUUGCAGCAGUGAGAUUGUAUGAACCAGCCUAAAUAUCGGUAGUGAGAGGGAGGUGUUACAACCUCAGAGCUACUUGUGCCUGUGUGUCUUGACAGAACGGUUAGGAAUACUGAAACACUGAAAGUGAGUUUUCUUCCCUAAACUGGGAAAUAAUUACAGUAAGAAGGAAUGGGAGCGGACUCCCAGGUUUGCUCCCUUUGACAUUGUUGGGAGUUUUAUCCCUGAGAAAUAGUAGCUUUCAUUAUGGUCCUACUGCUGCCACAAAGAGUACUAAGCAGAGCUGUCAUCUCCAGGUGACAGAUGUGUGUAAAACUGCUCUCCUCUCUAGGUCAGGCAAGUAAACCGCUUUUUGGGAGCGGUGCUUAAGAGCCGUUCCUUGACCCGAUGUGCAGAAGGUUUGGCUUCAGUGACUUAACUCCUCAUCCAGGAUUCCCAAUUCACCAUCUCAUACUUGUGGCUGACUCUGAGUGACCCCAAGCCAACACCUUCAGAUAAACCCGGAGCCCCUUUAUCUGUGAGGGGCCUCAUCUCUCACUUAUCUGUGUCUAGUAAAACCAUGCAGCUGCUCUGAGGCGUGACUACAUACUAGUGGGACCUUCUCCCUUUGUGCAUGUUCAGAGCUGUGUCACUAAUGGGUGACAAAAAGAAGAUGCCAUCGCCUUCUACCACUGUAGGACCUGCAGAAACAGCAUAGCUGAGGGUUAGGAGUCCCCUGUGGUCCUUUGGGUGCUGGGUGAACGCUUACUCACUGCCAAUACACCAACUGCUCCUGUGUCACUCCAGCCAGGGCACAGAGGUCACCGAGGGGGUCUGGAGUCAGCUGAAGACCUGGGUUGCCCAGGGAGCUGAAGCUUUAUUGUGCUGUUAAUGCAUGCUGGUGGCUUGUGAGAACUUGUUCCUAGGGGACAAGGUGGAUUUGCAGAACUGGCAGAAAAGAGCACCCCUUUCAUUAUGAACGCGAGUCUCUAACAGAAAAACCACUACGGGUCACUAAGAGCCGCUGGUGGCUUUAGUAUUCACCUGGAGCAAAGCUAGCUUCUGAGGAGCUCAUUCCCCAAACCAGAUUUGGGUGAAAUUUUAACUAAGGCUUUCCUUUACUGUCUGCCACAAUAAGCAACAAAGCAGAGUGCUUCUGUGUGUGCAGCGUAGACUCGUUGGACACUUAAGGUAACAACAAAGUACGUUUUAUAUAUGAUUACUAGGUCCAUCUGCGCACCACAAGUGUAUAUAUUUUCUAAAUUAGCGUGCAUGUGAAGUGUAAAGUUGCGUAUGUCACUGUAUAUGGUUGUGUAUACACGACACAAUUUUUUUUAAAAAAAUUCAACCUUUCUUUUUCUGUCAGUAGAAAUUACAACAGACCUCAUGUUAGUAGGUGGAUGUUAAGUCCUUUUAUAUUGCAAAAUGUAUCUAUGACAGCUGGCAUUUUCCUGGACACAUUGAAUAGAAGCCUUUUAUAGUGAAUUCUCACACUGUACAAUUGAAGUUGAACUUCUGGUGAAGUUUUGCUGAACUCUGGCUGGUUUAUUUGCUAGUGUUGAUGGAUGACGCUACCUCUUACAACACAUGCACUCCUCUGCUAGCAAACCUGUUUGGUCUUCUCUUGAAAACAGCACCUGUGUGGGCAUCCGUACGAAUUACUUCCAAACCGUUUACAUGCAUUUCCUCUCAUUGCCUUGCUUUUGGAAGUGUUUAGGGUUUCUUUCAUUUUUUUUCACCCUUUAUUUCCCCUCUUAGUUUAAAAAAAAAAAAAAGUGGGGAGAAAAAAGGGAGAAGCCCUUGUAACCUUCAGUAGAGUGAUAUCAACAAUAUGAAGUUGAUCAGGAGUGUACAGGAGUAUACAUUGUGUGCUUGGCAAGGUUGGUCGUGGGUUGGAGGAUGGAUGGAUGGAGCAGAAUUAGGUCAUUCAGCAGCCUCGGGGGCUUCCAUUGCUCGUAAAACUUGUGCAGGUUUUGUUUUGAACUACAUUUUAUUAAAGUAAGAUUGGAUGUUGCUGUA